AUAUAUUAUUUUAUCCAGGAAUCCUCUUUUUUUUUCAGACAAAAAUAAUUUUCGAUCCCUCAUAAUUUUCCCUCUCAUUUUCCCAACCUUUGGAGGGAAAAACCUCCGAACACUCCAAAGCGAAGUCCCUGCUCACACAGGAAAAAAAAAAAAAAAGUUACUGCGAUCUCAGCUUUUUAUGGUCUUCAUUUCCAUUUGAUUCUGUAUCAGAUGUUAUCACAAAAAAAGAGGAGAUUCUGUUGAGGAACUGUAUUUUCAAUUGUUCUGCACUUCUACUUAAGCCAAGUUGGUAUCAAUAACUUUCUCAAGAUUGAGGAGUUGUUCCCAACAUAGAAAUGCAAACAAAGAAAAAAAAUCCUGGAAGGAGUGCUGCUCGAGAGAAUGUCAGUUCUAGGGUUACAAGAGCUCAGCAGAAGGUCUCUGAAAAAGUUCAAGCUGUAGAAGUAAAAGUUAAGGACUUGAUUACAUCUUCAGCUAGAAAGCAGAAACAAGCUGGAGCUCUUCCCAAGAAGAAGAGGGAGCCUGUUGUGGAAACAAAUUUGAAUGCUAAGUAUGAGUUGUUGCAUAAUGAGGCUUCCGAUGUUUGUUUGGGGCCUGAUGUGAUUAAUGGUGCUUCUAUGGAAUGUAAGAGUGGCAAUGAGGAAACUGCUCAUCGCAUGAUGGGAACCAUAUUUUCUCCAUCGUUUCACAUUUCUAAACAUGCUGGAGGGGAAAUCACCAAUGGAGUUGAUUUUGUGAAAUACUUUGGAAGUGGAGACCAGAAAUAUCAUCAAGAUCAUGAAAUGGAAUACUCCCAGGAUAAUGUGUUGAAUGUUCAUAUUGGUCAAGAAAUUUCUGAACCCAUUGUUGGGAAAGAGAAGAAUUACACUGAGAAUGCAGUAACUUCAGUAACAUUCCCUGAUGAUAUGGAUAUAGAUACAAAAAAUUUUAAUUCACAGAGCUUUGAUCAGACACAUACUGUAGGUAGAAAUGCCAUUGAUUCUUGUUGUAAUGCGGAUUUGGAGGGAGCAAAUCUCUCAUCUGAAGUUUCAGCUAUAUAUCUUGCCAUGAAAAAUUCUAAGCUUGAAUGCAUUGAUGAGCAUGGUCAAGAUUCUAUGUCAGCUGAUGUUUAUGUGGAGGAUGAUCAAUAUGAGGAAUUUGAUGACUUUGAUCCUUAUUUUUUCAUAAAAAACUUACCAGACUUGUCAGCAGUUGUCCCAACUUUUCGGCCCAUGCUGCUACCGAAACAAACGCGGAGUUGCCCUCCUACUACACUUGUUUUGGACUUGGAUGAAACUUUGGUGCACUCCACACUAGAACCUUGUGAUGAUGCAGACUUCACUUUUCCUGUAAAUUUUAACCUCCAAGAGCAUACAGUUUAUGUUCGAUGCCGUCCUCAUCUCAGAGAUUUCUUGGAGAGAGUUUCCAGCGUUUUUGAGAUUAUUAUAUUUACAGCUAGUCAAAGUAUUUAUGCAGAGCAGCUACUUAAUGUACUUGAUCCAAAGAGGAAGGUAUUCCGUCAUCGUGUUUACCGUGACUCCUGUGUUUAUGUGGAUGGGAAUUACCUCAAAGAUUUGACAAUUCUUGGUCGUGAUUUGUCACGUGUAAUCAUAAUUGACAAUUCUCCACAGGCAUUUGGCUUCCAAGUUGACAAUGGAAUACCAAUUGAAAGCUGGUUUGAUGAUCGUUCAGAUAAGGAACUGCUUUUAUUACUUCCUUUUUUGGAGAGUUUGGUAGGAGUCGAAGAUGUUCGGCCACUGAUAGCAAAGAAAUUCAACCUUCGGGAGAAAAUUGCAGCUGCAGCUUAUCCUCUAAACUCAAAUAGAGGAGACCCGUUUGAAAGAUGAGCCUUCAAAUGUGAAUUUGAGCUCUAAAUGUUUGUUGCCCUUUGUUCUGGCUUUUCUUCUGUAUCAUUUGUCCGUUCUGGAACACCAUUGUAUUUUAUUAAGUUAGGUUGUGUUUCAAGAAGAAAGAGGGGGAUAUCAUUUGAGGAUACAAUCAACAAUUUAUACAACAAAGAUGGCAUGCAGGCAUGCUUAAUGGAUAAAAUUAGUCUGGGAAUAAGUAAUCUUACUACUUACUAGACUCAAAUAUGUAUUCCGUGGGCAGGUGAUGAUAGAACCGAAAACUUGGCUUUAGGAGGGGAAGAGGGAAUGGAAUUUUAAUAAUAGUGACACCAAUUGUUGUAUUAUAAACUGCAAGCCCUCAUGCAGUUUAAUUAGAAUUCUUAUCAUGAUUUGAUAAUUGAGAUAAUCAAAUUAGUAUCUGA